UAGUGCCAAUCAGAACUCUCUCCGCCCUACAACCCACCAAUCAGCUGUCCGGGCGCCCCAGAGCUGGAGCGGAUAAUACAGUGGGGCGAGUCGGGCUGGGCACCGCACGGAGGGGAGCAUAGAGGCGGGUGCUGGCGCUGUGCUGUUAAGGCCUGGGGUGCUGAAGACAAAUGCACCCCAACCCUCCCUUGCAUAGCUCUCUCCCUCAAGCCUGAUAAACCACCACAGCAUCUCAGCCCCGCCAGCCCCUGGCUUCGGCCCCCGCAGCUUGCCCAUCGCUGGCAGGCGCUGCCGUGUCCCUCCCUGGCCCGUCCCAGCCUGCAGAGGUGACUGCCCCGCACCGAGCCGCGAUGUGUCGGGGCUGCUGAGGAGCUGCGGUCCCCCCCACCCCCGGGCUCUGUGCUGUCCCGGGUUCGGUCUGCGCCCAGCCACUCCCGCGGAGCUGGAUGCGGGCUGCGUCUGCGGCCGGCCUCGGGCUCUGAACUUCGAUUUGUUCUAACCCUCAUACACCAGAGGGAGGAAACCAGGAAAACUCUUCCGACCUUGCAACCCGCUGGGUGCUGCCAGCCCGACCGCCCGUGCUGCGCUUGGCCCACCGGAAUGAGGAGUCUUGGAAACGAGCCCCUAGACCCCUUUCUUCUGCCCUUCCACGCCGAUCCUGCGUUCGUUGGGCGAGCAAAAUUCCCAGGGAGGUUAUCGGGAGUUUCGGAUGUUCAAGGAAUGCAGCGCGGAGCGGCAGAUCCGGGCGGUGCCAUGGCCGAGGGGCAGGCCGCCUCCGGGGCCGACUGGGAGAUCGACGUGGAGAGCCUGGAGCUGGACGAGGGCGAGGAGCGGCUCGGGGCCUGCCUGCUGCAGGGCGGCGGCCCGGGGGAGCAGGAGGACGAGGAGGAGGAGGAGGACGAGGAGGAGGAGGACGGGGAAGAGGAGGGGGCGGCCCCGCCGGCCCCUAGCCAGCCCAAGCAGCAGCAGGUGGAGCGGGGCAGCGGAGGGGAGCAGAGGAAGCUGAGCCGGACCCCCAAGUGCGCCCGCUGCCGCAACCACGGCGUGGUGUCCUGCCUGAAGGGCCACAAGCGCUUCUGCCGCUGGCGGGACUGUCAGUGCGCGAACUGCCUGCUGGUGGUGGAGAGGCAGCGGGUCAUGGCCGCCCAGGUGGCGCUCCGGAGGCAGCAGGCCACUGAGGAUAAGAAGGGACUAACAGGGAAACAGGCUAAUUUUGAGCGCAAAACAGUCUACCAGAGGCCUGUCAGGACGCCCAGCUUGCUGGCCAAAAGCAUUUUGGAAGGUUAUCGCCCCAUGCCAGCAGAUCCUUACCUGGGAGGGAAUUCACCUUUACCACCCCCUGUAAGUGACAGGAUGAGGAAAAGACGGGCCUUUGCUGAUAAAGAGCUGGAGAACAUUAUGUUAGAGAGAGAGUAUAAAGAAAGGGAGAUGAUGGAAGCCACUCAAGCUGCUGCCCUUUUCCUGCCUAACCAUAUGGUGCAUGGAACUGAAUACAAUUCCUACAAAACUGCCUUUAACCCUACCCAAGUUGAAGCUCCUAGCAAGGAGUUUUGCAACUUCUUACCAACCUGCCUUGACCUAACCAUGCAGUAUUCAGGAUCUGGGAAUAUGGAACUGAUUUCUUCAAAUGUCAGUGUAGCCACUACCUACAGGCAAUAUCCCUUGUCCUCCAGAUUAUUGGUAUGGCCAAAGCGUGGCCCCAUUAGUGAUGCUUUUCUCUACCAGCAAUGCCUACUGAAUGCUACUGCAGUCCAAGCUCUCAAACCUGGGGCAGCCUGGGACUCCAAGACUUCACAAAGCCAGGAUUGUGUAAAUUCAGAGCAGGAGAUGAUGUCACCAAAAACUGAAAAUUCACUUGUGCUUUCUCAUGCUCGAGAAAUUCAGCAUGUCCCUCAGGAGGCCCGUGAGAGGUCUGCUUUCUCUCCUCCUAAAAGGACUUUUCCACAGAUUUCUGAGAAGGAUUCUCUGGCUUCUCAAGAACACAUCUUAAGCAAGAUCAGCAAAGAAAAUACCAAGCAUCCUCACACACUCAAGUAUAAUCCGUUCCACUCAUUUUUACAGCAAACAUUUCAUGACAAAUCGGGGCCUGAGUUAAAAACUUCGUUUGUAAAAGAGAGCUUUGAAGAGACAUCUAAGAAGUACAGAGAGUGCUCCAUCAAAGAGAACCAAAAGUACAAAUUUACAAUAGACAGAUACUCAAAAGACUUUUUUGGGGCCAAACAAGCUGCAACAAAACUCUCAGCAAAUGAGCCUCUAUCAUUCUCUGUUGAAUCAAUCCUUAAACGACCCUCUUCUGCAGUCACUAAUGUCUCGCAGUAACUGCAUCUUCAAUGUCAAGUUUAAAUGUUUGCCAUCUGCAAAGUUGCUGCCGCCUGCCUUUUCUCUCCAAAGAUUUGUACAAAGGAAUUUGUUAUGUAAAUGGUGAUUUAAAAAAAAACCUGUGUACAUAAAUAUGCAUGUUUUCUCUCAUGAAAAUAAAUAUUUAAAUUUUAAAAAUGAAAACGGUGCAUGUGCAGACUGUAAAGUGUAGGCUUUAUACAGCACUUCAAACGUUACAAUAAAAUGAGAUGACUUAU